GCCGAAAAAAAGGCUGAGAAACAAUGCGACAAGGCCUCGAUCAUUGAUGGACAAGGGAACGUGGCGGCUUCUACAACGAUUGCUUAUGUGGCUUCCUCGCCGGGUCAGGCAUUCGCGCAAAGCCAGUCGGCAGUUCGACGCCUUUCUUUAGCUCUGCCCCUGCCCUCCUUCUCAGCUACUCCAUAA